AUGAAUGAAGAUUUUGCAAAAGAAUCAUGCAAUAUUAGACAAGGCUUGUCAAGUGAUGGGUUCAACCCAUUUCGUAGCAUGAAUAUUUCAUGGAGCACGUGGCCCGUAAUGUUGAUGGUAUACAACUUGCCUCCGUGGAUGUGCAUGAAACCUGAAUAUUGUAUGCUUUCUUUGCUUAUUCCUGGGCCACAAUCACCUAGCAAAGAUAUUGACGUGUAUCUACAACCAUUGAUGGAAGACUUGAAGUUGUUGUGGGAAAUAGGGGUGGAAACUUAUGAUGCAUCAAAGAAUGAGACCUUUCAAAUGCGGGCAGCUCUUUUGUUGACAAUUAAUGAUUUUCCUGCGUAUGCUAUGUUGUCUGGGUGGAGUACAAAGGGAAAAUUGGCUUGCCCUUGUUGCAACAAAAAUACCUCUUCUCUACAACUAAAACAUAGUCGGAAGACAGUUUAUAUGGACCAUCGUGUCUUUUUACCCAUGGAUCAUCCAUGGAGAACCAAUACAAGGUCUUUUAAUGGGAAGCAAGAAUUAAGAUCCCCUCCACCUGUUAUAGAAGGAACGGAAAUUUUUGAGAUGCUACAAAAUGUUGAGAAUGUUUUCGGGAAGAAGCAAAGUACAUCUAAUAGUUUCCCAUGGAAUUGGAAAAAAAGAUCAAUUUUCUUUGAAUUGCCUUACUGGCACAAGAACCUGCUGCGUCAUAACUUAGAUGUCAUGCACAUAGAGAAGAACAUACUUGACAGUAUAAUUGGAACUCUUUUGGAUAUCCCAGGCAAGACAAAGGAUCAUCUGAAUGCUCGAUAUGACUUAAAAGAUUUGGGGAUCUGGAAAAAUCUUCAACCAAAGGAGGUGAAUAAUGGCAAGAGAACAAAGUUGGCAAAGGCAUGCUUUUCUAUGACUGCUGCAGAGAAGUCAAUUUUUUGUGGGGUUUUGAAAACAACAAAGCUACCUGAUGGUAGUGCUUCGAAUAUAUCACGGUGUGUACAUCUAGCAGAAAGAAAAAUUUCUGGGUAUAAGACCCACGAUGCUCAUUUUUUGCUACACUACUUACUACCAAUACCAAUUAAAAGCAUCCUUCCUGAUCACGUGGCCAUUCCGUUGAUUCGACUAAGUUCCUUUUUUCGUCGCAUAUGCAAAAAGUUAAUCACACUGGAAGAGAUAGAUCGACUGGAGUUAGAGAUUGUGGAAACAUUAUGCCACCUUGAGAGGAUCUUUCCCCCUAGUUUUUUUGACAUAAUGGUUCAUCUUCCUAUUCAUUUAGCAAAUGAGGUUAGAUUGGGUGGUCCGGUGCAGUUUCAUUGGAUGUAUCCUCCUGAAAGGUACAUGUGUACAUUAAAGUCGUAUGUACGCAACAAAAGUCGCCCCGAAGGUUCUAUUGCAGAGUCAUAUCUGGCUGAAGAGUGCUUAACUUUCUGCUCAAGAUACUUGCAUGGAGGUGUGCGAACAAGACUUAAUAAGCAACCUCGGAAUGAUGAUGAUCCUAAUGACGAUGAAGUUUUGCCUUCAAAGUUGUUUUCUAACAAAGGUCGUUCGUUAGGCGUGGGAAAUGGAGAACCAAUUAAUCUCGAUGACAUAUCAAGUGCUCAAGCCCAUGUAUAUGUAUUAUACAAUUGUGAAGAAGUCGCAGAUUAUGUUAGAGAGCAUGAGGAUGAGGUUAACAAUCAGCGGGGAACAAAAUGGAGAAAAGCAAAAGUGCACAGUAGAACCUUCUCGCAGUGGUUUGAAACUCGGGCGAGGGAUCCAGAUGUGCCUGUUUGGCUAAAAGAAUUAUCUCGAGGUCCAAGCUCUGUUGCAAGAAGAUUUUCUGGAUAUAUAAUUAAUGGAUAUAGGUUUCACACUGUGGAGCGUGAGGCAAGGAGAAAAACACAAAAUAGUGGUGUCACAUUAACUGCUUUAACUUCAAGCUUUGCAAGUGCUAAAGAUAAAAGUCCAAUUCAAGACACUGUAGCUUAUUAUGGCAGGUUAUUUGAGAUAGUAGAGUUAGAUUAUUUUGGGCGUUUUAAGGUUGUAUUGUUUCAGUGUGAGUGGUAUGAUGCUGAGAGAGACAAGUAUGGUCUUACAUUUGUUCAGUUCAAUAAGAAAUGCUACCAGAAUGAACCUUUCAUACUAGCAUCUCAAGCACAUCAGUGUUUUUAUGUGCAAGAUCCAUAUGAACAUAACAAAAAUUAA